GGGCCGCCGCACCGAGCGGACGUACGUGCACGCUCGUCUCUUAUCCUCAACACGUUACGAACGCAACCUUCAGCGUGGAACUGUAUUUUGAAAUUGUGUGUGCUCUCAAUUUGAAAAUUAUCUGACAGUGACAGGAGUGUUGCCAGUGUUUUUGAGGAAUUCUGCAAGAUUUCCUUUUGGAUGAAACUGAUUUUAUUGUAAUAUUUUGAUUUUUUAUUAUUGUGUGCAUGUGGAAGGAUCAGUGAACCUUUGGAUUGCGAUUUGGACUUGACGGAACAUUGCAUGACAGCGCGUGGUGACUCCCUGCCCCAUGUCUUCACACGGAAACCUGCCUUCCAGCGUAGUAAUACACCAUCUGGCUGUAUGAUAUGGCGCGAUAUAAGUGACCGCAUCAACUGUAUGAUCGAGUGGGAGCUGUUAGUCAGAUAGCGGCGUCAGCGUGUGCGCAGGCGAGUGAGCGCAGCGCUGCCUCUAUGCUGUAUCGACGCAGAUUUGACAUUCACCGGGACGUCGCCAGGUGAUCUCGGUGCAUCGCCGCCGUCACACUUACAACACUAUAACAUUAAAUCCAGAUGAAAAGAGAAAAAAAUCCACUUAACCUGAAAUUCUAAUGUCGCUGCUGAAGAGAAGUGGAUUACGAGGAGUGAGGUAACCUGGCCGGGAGGAGGACAAGCUAGCCGAAGAAACAGAGCCAUCUGUCGUCCAGCGGCAACAACAAACAAACCGAUAUGUGUUCCCCCGUAACUAAGUACCUAAAAUUCGCGUAAUACCUACAUCGAAUAAUGUACGUUCCGUCCAAGAAGCUGCCAAACAUUUUGAACGAAUUUAUUAGUGUAAAUACAUUUUUGGACUAUUUAUAUUUGUGUAUAGUUCGCGAGUGCUCGCGAGUGUAAGAGUGGUGUGCAAGCGCCACCUAGUGUAUAACCGUGAUAAAGGUGGCGGGGACGCAUGCGCCAUCGGGACAGGCGCUGGCGAUGCCAUUUAUUGAAGACGAAUGGUGGUCCGCGGAGAAUGAGGGCAGGAUGGUCGACCUCUCCAAUUGCCUGCAGUUCCAGGACGCGGUAGUGGCAGCAGGCGGCCAGGCGGCCGCUCAGCUCCAGCAGAUGGCCACUUCCCUGGGGGACCUCUCGCAGGCCGAGCUCACCAACAUCGUCGGCGGCCUCACGCUCGAGCCCGACACCGGCGAGGCAGCUGACCCUGACGAUAUCCUCAAACAACUGGGGGAGACUGCCUUUGAUAACUUCGAAACGUUUUUUACGGAUCUAACGAAUGCCACCGCGUCUUCUGUACCGCCUAUUGAAAUAAAGCAAGAAGAAAACAACAACAUAUCAUCGCCAGCGUCCAGCAGCCAACUACAAGGCUAUUACCAACAAAACAGUCAAUUAGCCCUGCCGAACAACGGCCAGCAACGGUUACAACAACUGUUGAGAUCUGGCACGAGUGCAAUCAACAAUGCCGUGACAAAUAACAUCAAUAAUGGGAGAUAUAACAUCGCUUCUGCGAAUCCGCUGCUUGCUGAGAAGCUGUCGGCGUCUCCUAGCGGGAUCAAGCAAGAGCCAAUCAGCUCGGACUACAACACGACGAGUAUGAACUACGGCAGCGCGUCGCCGAUGCAGAGGAUGCCGAGCGGGAAGCCGCAGGUGCACGAUGCUGGUGGAGGUAAAGUGGACGGCGAGCCGGCCGGGCUCCCGCUGAGCGCGCGCAGCUCGCUGAGCCGGGCGCUGCUGCUGCUGGCACCCGGGCCCACCGCGCGGCAUCACCUCUACACCGCCCCCAACACAGGUUCUCUCCCCCCGUCGCCGGCGGACAGCGGCGUGUCGGACGUGGAGUCGUCUUCAUCAGGCGCGGGCUCCGCCGAGGAGCUGAAGGCGCGCCUGCAGCCGCCGCCCCCCGCGCCCUUCCACGCGCCCUUCCUGCCCUUCUACCAGCACCACCAGAUCGCCAACACGCUGCAGCACCAUGCCACCGCACACCCCCGACCACCAGUGGGAGGCGGGCACGAGCGCGAGGCGUACGGGUACGGGUACGGCGGCGGCGGCGGCGGCGCGCACCACUUCGCCGCGCCCGCGCCGCCGCCGCUGCCGCACGACGAGCUGCCCUACUCCGUGUUCGACUUCGGCGAUUACCAGCGGCAUCACCACCACAACAAGCUCAAGCCCAAGAAGAGGCCGCGCGCCGAGGGCCCGCCCACGCCCGGCGUGAAGCGCAAGAGCCGCGAGGGCUCCACCACCUACCUGUGGGAGUUCCUGCUGAAGCUGCUGCAGGACCGCGAGUACUGCCCGCGCUUCAUCAAGUGGACCAACCGCGAGAAGGGCGUGUUCAAGCUGGUGGACUCGAAGGCGGUGUCGCGCCUGUGGGGGCUGCACAAGAACAAGCCCGACAUGAACUACGAGACGAUGGGGCGCGCGCUGCGCUACUACUACCAGCGCGGCAUCCUCGCCAAGGUGGACGGCCAGCGCCUCGUCUACCAGUUCGUCGACGUGCCCAAGGACAUCGUCGAGAUCGACUGCUCGCUGGCGUAGGCCGCUGGAAUCUCCCUCGACGCCCAGACGUGGAUGACGUGUGACGUGGAUAACGUGUGACGUAUGACGUGCCGCAGGACACUCUCAGUCGUGACGCGGUGUGUAGAGGACGCGUAUUCAUUUCGCUCUUACAUUACUAGUUUUUUCACUAAUAGUUACAAUUCGUCUAUUUUUCAAAUCAUCAUGCAUUACGUUUUUCAGAUCGCUUCUAUAUAAUGUUAUUAAUAUAAAUAUUACUCUCAAAUCGAACUAAUAUUAACUUAUCAUUGAAUUUAAUAUUUAUACAAAAAUAGGAGAGACGAAAUUGAUUGCUCAAAUGUUUAUAUAGGUACCUAUUUUUAGGGUAUUCAGAAGAGGAACACUAAAUUUGCUAGAUGUUAUAUGGGGACGGAGUGAUUUUUGUAUAAUGUUGAAACGAAUUUUUAAAUGUUUGUAAAUGAAAUUUCUAUAUAUUGCAUGUUUAAUGUCGAUUAUACAUUUCCUCGGUCGACUGUACGAAAUCAGAACUUCCUACCUCAACCUAAGCAAAACUAACAAAUGAUUCAUAUGAAUAUACAAUUUACAUUGUUCGACACACUUUACAAUACGCAAUAAGAUAUAUAUAUAUAUAUAGUCUAAAUAAGAGUUUAUUAUAAAGAAAUAUUUACGUAAAAAUGUUUAUAUAACGAAAAUAUCUUAUAGUAAUAUCCUCAGAUGAAAUAUAUUCACUUCUUGGUGCUUUGUAUGGCCAUCUCAUAUUUACACCUUGUUACAAACGGAGCAACCUCACUGCUGUUGAGUUAUAUAUUACUAUGAACAUUUAGUGAUUGUCUAUACCUAGCUGUAAUCUGUUUCCCGAGAGCGUCCCCCGAGCGGCGCGCGCGCAGCACUCGACGCUCGGGCGCCGCUCUCGCAUCGCAUAGUCUAUCUCUAUUGUUUUACAUUUCGAUACCGAAUUAGGAAAUGAUAUUAAAUUGCAAACAUUCAUUUAAAACAAAUGUUUUGACGUAAUACUACGCAAGUACUGAUAAACCUACUGCCAACUGUCCGACAGGAACACUGACAUAAUGAAUAGUUAAGGGAUGAUUUUUGUGCGUUAAUUGUGUUAAUUAUAAAUAUAUGUUUACUAUAAGUGAGCUGUUUAAGUGGACAUGUUCUAGUUUAUUUCGUUUAUUUAAAAUUUAUAUUAAGCAUGUUGCGAGGGGGUCGCGCGCACCUCACCGCCACUCGAACAUAUCACAACAUGACCGUGCGCGCACACUUGUGUCGCAUAUCAGGCCGCUCGGAUAUCAUUUGUUAAGUUGAACAGCGCGCGACCUCCAUUUUUUGUUACCUGAAUAAAUAUUAUUAAUAAUUAAUUACGAUUUGUGGUCCAAUGUUAAUGAAUCAUAAUACUUUUAACUAGAUAGUUGUAAAAGAAAGAUCGAUUUAGGUGUAGCCUAGUUCACUUCGACAUAUACACAGAUAAAUAAUUGAUAUUUCAUUCAAUGCAAAGACAAAAGAUCCUUCUAUGUAUACAAUAAAGUUUGUUAAUAUGUAAUAGUAAAUGUAUAUAAGAGGAGGAAUUGUUAGAUGGCUUCGUGUCAAGUAUAAUAAUUGUAGAGGCCGCGUUGUCCCCGGCCGCGCCGGUCACAGAGGCACUAUAUUUUUGUAAGGGAGUAGCGUGGAGCAGGGCGCGAGUGCUGGUGACGGGCGCGGGUGGGGGGGCCUCGCACUGUGAGGGUCACACGAGCCUUAGGAGUAGGGAGGAGGUACAAUGGGUGCUAUGCAGAGGGACCGCCGCGAGCGCGCUCGGGUCAGACUCGCACACGAUACAAUAAUAGGUAGACCAGUCCAACCGAUAUACAGGUGUUAACUAUAUAUUAAAUAGACCAGUGCGUUAAGUGACUUUUAUUUAGGUGAAAGAUCUCAGUAUCCAAACUUCUUCGAACAAAACCAGUGGCCGUUUCAUGUGAUUCAAAUUAAUAUAUUUAAAAAAACAAAAUUGUGGAAUUUUAAUCGUAUUUUUAUAUAGCUAGAUGGAAUUCUCAGUAAUUUUCUGUUCGGCACUACUUCUUAUGCUUUUGUAAAUAUAACUAUAGGGUUUAAUUUAUUUAUUUUGCCUGUCACGCGGUCGACGCCCAGGGACGUCACGGGCGAUGACAAACGCAUUAUUUUCCUUUUUAGGAAAUUUCGUUCUGUAGGUUACAAAUUUUAUUGUAAAAUAUCUUUAUGAAUAGAUUAGUAGGUAAUGAAUGGACCAUGGGGUGGAAGGUGAACGCUCUCAGAAUUUAUAAUUCGGCUAGUGUGUGUCCUAAUCGACGAUGUGAGAUACUAGUUACCGGUUAGUAGGCAAAAUGUUUGAGCAAGCAUUUAAAAUAAUGCUCGGAGAGUUUAAAUAAUUAUAGUCGAAUUGAUGUUGUUGAAUAAAAAAUCAAAGUUUCUAAUUACUAAUGUACUUAAAUUUUCAAUGUAAAUUUUAAAGGCACCUCGAAAAAAAAUAUUAUUAAUGAAAUUAUUUUAAAUUGAGCCUAGUCUUAGUAUCAUAAUUUGAUUUAAAAUGAUAAUAACGGACGCCGCAUUGGCACAAGGCGUCGUCGUGUAGUGGUCUAUAUAUCGCGGCCGCGGAUGUUCUGCACGUCUAAAUUAUUGUAAAUAUUUAAUGUAAUCCAAACGCACACCCUCACGACCCAUCAACGGCUAGUUAUUGGCGUCGGUAGAUAGGUGAAAUAUGAGAAUAUUUUGCGCGGAAGCAAUGAGAAGGUUAGUGAAUUCGGUGAUAGGCAGGGGAGGGCAGGCGGCCAGCAGUCUUACACGUUCGUGUUUUAUCGUUAAUUCCUAUUUCAAUGUACUGUUCGUCGAUAUUAAUGUCCAAUAUUCGAAUACGUAAUUCAUUCCGGAUGAGUGGUGUGUUACGUCUGUGUCGACAACGAGUUGUAAGAGUUACACUUUAGUUACUGCUACUCGCUCAUAGAUGGCGCUUUCGUUUCGCUUUGAUCAGUUCUAACAAAUUGAAGUAAUUAUUCUGAGAGUUGCGUGCGAUACAGUGAUGUUGCGUUAUACUUGCUUUUAGUUGUAUGCAGUUAAAGUCCGAUAUUUUAAUUGUAAUUUUAGUUGUUUAAUUUUACAAAAUACUGUAUUUUCUGCCCCCUAGUUAAGUUAUUUUUCUAUGUAUAGUUAGUUAUAAGUGUAAAUGAAUUAGCACAUAAAUUUGAUGCAUGAUGAUAAUGUUAAUAAAAUAUCCACAAUAAAAUCCAAA